AUGGAACCAAGAAAUAAUACACGAAUUUCAGAAUUUCUUCUCCUUGGAUUUUCAAAGGACCCUGAACUUCAGCCCCUCAUAUUUGGGCUUUUCCUAUCCAUGUACCUGAUCACUGUGUUUGGGAACCUGUUCACCAUUCUGGCCAUCAGCUUAGUCUCCCAACUCCACACCCCCAUGUACUUUUUCCUGUCCAAUCUGUCUUUUGUGGACAUCUGCUUCAUCUCCACCACCAUCCCCAAGAUGCUGCAGAACAUCCAGACACACAGUGAAGUUAUAUCCUUUGCAGGUUGCCUCACUCAAAUGUUCUUUUAUUUGCUUUUUGGGACAUUGGACAGCUUUCUACUGACAGUGAUGGCCUAUGACCGCCUCGUGGCCAUCUGUCACCCCCUGCACUACAUGGUCAUCAUGAAACCCCAGCUUUGUGGACUGUUGAUUUUGGUAUCCUGGAUCAUGACCACACUACAUGCCUUGCUACACAGUAUAAUGAUCUUGCGACUAUCUUUCUGUACAACCUUGGAAAUUCCCCAUUUUUUCUGUGAACUUCAUCAAAUGCUCCAGCUUGCCUGUUCCAAUACCUUUCUUAAUUAUUUGGUGAUGUACUUUGCAGUUGGACUUUUGGGGUUUGGUCCUCUCACUGGAAUUUUUUACUCUUACUUGAAGAUCAUUUCCUCAAUAUGCCGAAUCUCUUCAACUCAUGGGAAGUAUAAAGCAUUUUCCACCUGUGCAUCUCACCUCUCUGUGGUCCUUUUAUUUUACUCUUCAGUCAUUAUAGUGAACCUGAGCUCUGUUGACACCCAGAGCUCACACAAAAGUGUAGCAUCUUCAGUAAUGUACGCUGUGGUCACUCCCAUGUUGAAUCCCUUUAUCUACAGUUUACGAAACAAAGACAUAAAGAGAGCUCUUAAAAAAUUCCUCUGA